CUGCUCAGCGCUUCGUUUCAGCACUGCGAAUGCGCCGGGAAGCACGUCGCAGGCCUGAUGACGCCGCCGAAAGGCGGUUCUGGUUUGCCACGUCUCUCUGUGGCAGCGGCAGGUCUGAAGUGAGGUAGCAAGACAUGAGUUCGUUCUGUUCAAAAUACUCAAAAAUAAAUAAAUAGGGGAACUCUUUUCAAAGCACCGCGGUCGUAAAUAAGUAUUCAUUUCAUUAAAUAACUGAACACAAAGAACGAGCAAUAGUGAAUUAAAUGCUCCUUUGCUUUUUGGACGUGUACAGUUUCAAACCACAACCAGUCUUUACACACAGCAGAUGUUUGAACGUCAACUCCAACCAUUGCACAUCUAUGUAGGUCAGGCAGCACUGGGAUCAGCACUGAGUUCUCGGGGUGGGCCGUCCCGGUGUCUCCUGAAUCGGUUCGGUUGCUUGCCAUGCCUGGUGGAAGGCGGGGUCCGAGCAGGCAGCAGCUGAGCAGGUCAGCAUUGCCUUCUCUGCAGACACUGGUGGGAGGAAGCUGUAGCAACGGGACUGGCCUCCGGAACAGGAACAGUACUUCUGUCGGUCUGUCUGCCCCACCGAUCACUGCCCUCAUCACCCCUGAGCCUGUCCGCCACCGUCGUGUCCCUGAGCUCCCCCUGGACGGGAGCCUGCUCUUCGAGUUCCUGUUCUUCAUUUACCUGUUGAUUGCCCUCUUCGUCCAGUACAUAAACAUCUACAAAACUGUGUGGUGGUACCCUUAUAGCCACCCUGCUGCUUCUACCUCACUGAAUUUCCACCUAAUUGAUUACCACCUGGCAACCUUCAUUACAGUCAUGCUGGCACGAAGAUUAGUAUGGACAAUAAUUUCAGAGGCCACCCAAACUGGACCAACAUCAAUGAUACGCUACACAGUGUUGAUUGCUGCUCGGUUCGUUCUUCUCACCUUGUGUGGCUGGGUGCUGUGCUGGACGCUAGUCAGCCUCUUCAGAAAUCAUUCAGUGCUCAACCUGCUCUUUCUUGGGUACCCAUUUGGUGUGUAUGUGCCGUUGUGCUGCUUCCACCAGGAGAGUCGGUCGCAGCCGCUCCCUACAGACUGCGGUUACCUGGACCAGGAACAGCUUGAUGGCCCUCUGAUUAAAUCCAAGGACUUCCUGACGCUCCUGAGGGAGAAUUUAAAAGAACAUUUUAAUAACCCUACGUCCAUCCCAGUGCAUUCCUGCCCUCUGUCGCCGGAUCUGAUUCGAAACGAGGUGGAGUGCCUCAAAUCAGACUUCAACAAGAGGAUUAAAGAAGUGCUUUUUAACUCCCUCUUCAGUGCCUAUUAUGUAGCCUUCCUGCCUCUCUGUUUUGUAAAAAGUACACAGUACUAUGACAUGCGGUGGUCAUGUGAGCACCUCAUCAUGGUCUGGAUAAAUGCCUUUGUCAUGUUAAUGAGUCAGUUGCUGCCUCCAAAAUACUGUAAUCUGUUGCACAGAUCCGCAGCACAUCUCGGCAAAUGGCAGAAACUAGAACAUGGCUCUUACAGCAAUACUCCACAACACGUCUGGUCAGAAAGUACGAUAUGGCCACAAGGUGUACUGGUGCGACACAAUCGGUGUUUAUACAAAGCAGUGGGACCUUAUAAUGUUGCAGUGCCUUCAGAUGUAUCCCAUGCCAGAUUUUAUUUUUUAUUUCACAAACCCUUAAGGAUCCUGAACCUUCUGAUUCUGAUCGAAGGCAGCGUGGUGCUUUACCAGCUCUACUCUUUGCUGCGGUCCGAAAAGUGGAACCACACUCUUUCUUUGGCUUUAAUUCUUUUUUGUAAUUAUUAUGUUUUAUUUAAACUGCUUAGGGACAGAAUAGUCCUGGGAAAAGCAUACUCUUAUCCUUUGAACAGCUUUGGAAUUAAGUCUCAUUAAACAGACAUGAGUUUGGGUGGGGUGGAGGGGAAAGAGAGUGAGACCAGAAAAAAAAUAUUUUUUUUGAUACGGUUCUAUUUUUCAUGCAAUGUUUAUAUCUAUUUAAAGAUAUUUUAUAUUUUGUAUACUGUUUCAAGGGUUCCAGUUUUUUGCAUUUGCGAGGUGUUAUCAUUAUUUUUGAGCACUUGUCAUCUCAGAACAUAUGCUUUGCUCAACCUUUAAUUGAUGAAAGUAAUUUACUGAAGUGCCAAGACUGUGUCACAGCUGGACGCCAUGCUGUAGCAAUGAUUGGGGGGAAUAAAUCAAUAAAUGCAACUGAUUUGCGUGUUGAAUAACCUGCUGUAAUAAUGGAAUGUGUGUGUAUAUAUAUGUAUAUGUAUACAUACGUACAUACAUGAUUCAUAUACACCUCCUGGCCUCUCUAUUAGGAUAUGCAUCGAAUAUUGGGUUGGGCCCGUUUGUCCUGAUCACAGCCUUAACACAACGUGGCAUAGAUUCCACAAGGUGCUGGAAGGUAUUUAAUCUAUUCAAACAUUUACAUUUCACACAACUGGUGCAUCAGUAGCUGAAUACAUGUUUUAAGUUCAUCCCAACCAUGCUCAACUGAAUUGACAUCCAAGGAUUGUGUACACAAUUCUGGCACAGUGAGUCGUGCAUUAUUGUCUUUGAUUGUUAUUCGUCUUGCUUUGCAGAGUAAUAUAAUGUAGAGGCCCGGGGUGUAACAGGAGAACAUGCACCGAACCAAGGCAACCAAUAUGGGGCACCUAGAUAUGAACUAUUAUGCAUGAUGUAAUAAAGGGAAUUAUGAAAGAUCUUAAGAGCAAGUAUUCAAACGUUGAAAAAUGUCAAUUUCAAGGUUUUUUAUUUUGCUUCUAUUUUCAGUGUCAAAAAAACUAAAACAGAAAUUGUAACUAUGCAGAUGCAGGCAUAUGGCUUUACCAUGGAAAUAUUUACAUUCCCCACAUAAUUGUAUCUUUUCCUAUUCUUACUGAAUGUCAGAGGUGGGUUUUGUGAUUUGUGCAGUGUUGCUUUUUUAAACAAGGAAAAAAAAAACCCAGUCCUUUAUAUCUUGCAUGAGGAGGUUAACUUCUAAAUAAAGCAGUUUCACAAAUGUUUUUGUCCGUCACUUGGUACAGUAUUAACACAAACCCUGGAUUAUAUCUUUAACAGAAUGACUCAAAGUAGGUCAUGUUCUUCCUGGUGAUGACUAGUACUAAAAAAACAUAUUAGGAACUACUAGAAAUUUCAAAUUGGCAACUGUUUUUCGAAGCAAUGGUAUUUAUUUAGUAAUGGGAAAUCCGUUGGCCGUUUGGAAAAUAAUUACGUGUUAUGAAAGCAUUUAUGUGGUGGAGUGGAGGUGUGGGUAUGCAGUUAGCUGUCUGCUGAUAUCUCUGUUUUUCCAUAAAAACUCAAGAUUAAUUUAACCACACCACACAUACACGAUGCCAUAGACUUUGCCUGAUCUAUUUAUUUAUCUUUGGUAUUCAAGGGACUCUCUUUGACAACAUGUUUUUAUUCUGUGAAAUUCUGAAGUUUACAAACACAAAAAAAUAAAUGCAUAUUGAAGUUUGUGCCCGCUGCCUUUACAGAUAAUGAGAUUUGUUCCUGUUGCUUCUUAACCAGAGUAAUCAGAGAAAUGUAAAGAAAAACACAUCAAUUGAUUUGUAAUAAUAAUAAUUUUUAAAAAAAUCUAUUAGAAUUGGUACAGUUCUUACCCUAAGGGCAGCAGGGCCUGUAUUGAAUUUUAACCCCUAUACAGAUGUAUGGCUUUAGUUCUUUUCUUGUUUUUUGUAAGUCAUACAUUCAAUAAAGUUUGCAUUCAUAUGUGUUCUA